AUGACUGCAGAGAACUUCGAUCCGAUGUCCCCGAUCACCGUCAUUGGCGCUGGGCCCUGCGGAUGUGCCUUUGCCGCCGACCUGGCCAGCCGUGGAAGAUGUGUGCUGCUCUAUGGCCACCCGGAACACCGCGGUGCGAUUUCGAUGAUUGAGAGUAACGACGGCUGGUUGAACGCAAGCGGAGAGAUCAACGGCAGGUACCAGAUCCAAACUACCAGCGACCUGGGCAUUGCUAUUCGACACUCCAAUUUCAUCGUAACCACCGUCCCCUCAUACGGACAAGACACCAUCCUCCAGGCCCUUAGCGGAUUCGAUCUGAAAAACCACACCCUUAUUGUUAAUGUGGGCAAUUUCUUCUACCUCGCGGCCCGCCAAAAGAUUAAUGCCCAUGCUGUCCUCGAAACUGACAUCGCCCCUUACGCUGUCCGCAUUAUAGAUGACACCGUGUUCGUCAAGGGCGUAAAGAAGAGCCUAGCCAUCUGGACCUGGCCCUCCUAUGCCGAGCGAGUAAAAGCUCAAGCGGAGCUCGGCCUCCGCCGACAGGUUGAAUCAAUAUUCUCGCAGAACCUAGUGUGGUGCCAGAACCUCCUUGAGGUGGGGCUAAACAAUAUCAACCCCGUUGUGCACUGCGCAGCAGCGAUCAUGAACGUGGGAUGGAUUGAGGCCACUAAAGGUGACUUUUACUUCUACGCGCAGGGCAUGUCGCCCUCCGUCUCACGGGUAACGGAAAAAGUGGACGAGGAGCGCCUCGCCAUCGCUCGCGCCUACGGGCUCGACCUCGUCUCUGUCACAACAUACAUGAACCAGAAUUACCAGCAUGACCGGGAAUUUGGUGGCUACCACGAGUUCGCGGUGGGAUCGGUCAUCCAUAACAAGACCAAGAGCGCUCCGGCUACUAUGAAACACCGCUAUCUGUUAGAGGAUAUCCUCUACGGGAUGGUCCCUUGGUACGAACUCGGUCUGAAGUGUGGCCUGGAGUCACCGAUGAUCCGGUCCCUAAUCGAAAUUGCUUCGGUAAUAAGUGGCUUCGAUUACUUCGAGCAUGGGAGGUCUCUGAAGGCUGCUGAUCUUGGCGAGGCAAGCAAAGAGCAAGUCCUGAUUUUCUUCGGCGGAUACGUCCACAAGACUCCCAAAGUGAUUCCUUCUCUGUCUGAAGCUCUUAUCGGCCAGACUCAUGCUCCGAUGCAGGCACUGCAGGUGGCUACGUGA